AUGGCUACUCUUGUCUACCUACUCUACGCUGGAGGGGCUGCUGCCGUCGUGUGGUGCUGGCUGAUAGGGGGUGGGGGUGCUCUCGCCUUAGCACUAUCCAUCACCGAGAUCUCCUCCUCAUAUCCCACGUCAGGCGCCAUGUACUUUACACUCAAGUACCUGUGUCCGCAAGAAUAUCUGCCGGUGGUGGCAUGGCUCACCGGGUGGCUCAAUCUCGUCGGCACUGUCACCGGAACCUCUUCAUCCCAGUAUGGAGCUGCCCAAAUGCUGCUUGCUGCAGUUUCAAUCGGCACAGAAUUUCACUACCGACCAACCCAGGGGCACAUCACGGGCGUCAUGGCAGCCCCCUGUGUCGUUCAUGCGCUCAUCAACAGCCUGCCCACUGCCUGGCUCAACAAGAUCUCAAGUACCUACGCCGUCUUCCACAUUGCCGUCCUGAUCGCUGCUGCCGCCGCGCUGAUCGCAUUGCAGGGAGAGAAGCACACGGCUGCCUACGUCUUUUCCUAUUUUGAGCCUCUUUCCGGCUGGACACCGCGCGGCUUCUCCUUUUUCUUUGGCUGCCUCAGCGCAGCUAUUGCCGAAGAGACGAAGGAUCCGUCCCGGGUUGUUCCCAUUGCUAUAACAUCCGCGUCAGUCUUUACCUACGUUGCGGGAUUCCUAUAUAACGUCGUGCUUGCGUACUGCAUGGGGGACCCUAGAGACCUUUUGGCCAGCCCAACCAGUCUGCCCGUUUCACAGAUCUUUUACAAUGUCAUGGGCGCCGGGCCGGCUGUCUUCUUUACAGUCACCGCCUUCUUCGUCAUGAAUUUUGUCUGUAUUCCCUCGGUGCACGCCGGGUCGCGGACUUUGUGGGCCUCUUCGCGCGACGACAUGGUGCCCUUUUCCCGGUACUGGCACCGCGUCCACAAGCGCACCGACACGCCGCUCCACGCCGUCUGGCUGUACACGCUGCUCUGCAUCGCCAUUAACCUGGUCGGACUCGGCAGUCCCAUUCUCAUCGCCGCAGUCUUCAACGUCUGCGCCAUUGCGCUGAACUGGUCGUACUGCAUCCCCAUUCUCUGCAAAAUGGCGUUCGGCAAGUUCGAGCGCGGGCCGUGGCACCUGGGCAGGUUCAGCACCGCGAUCAACGCCUGGGCCGUCGCCUGGAAUGCCUUCCUUUCCGCCCUGUUCGUGCUGCCCAUCAUCCGGCCCGUGACGCCCGAAAACAUGAACUAUGCGUCGGUCGUCCUGGCAUUUGUCAUUGCCUUCUUAACAACGCAUUGGUUGCUGCGAGGGCGAAAACAUUACAUUGGCUCCCGAACUCAGGUACGCCUUGCCAACGGCGAAGCGGCAGCUCUUGACGAAUCGCACCGGGUCGCUGAUCAGGAGAGAGUCGAGUCGCCUAUGUCGCCCGUGCAAAAAGCCUAG